AAAAUUAAAAAAAAAGGUCUUAAAUGUCACAAGUUUAUCAAGCAUAAUGUUUACUCAAAUAUCGAUUUCAACAACACACGCUUUUGAUUAGAAAUCCAAGCAAUAAGGACCACAGUAUUAAGUUAAACAGUUAGGAGAAGGACUUGUGAUCGCGGGAUCUGUGGAUCUGGGAAGAUCGAUCAUGGAGUACAAUCGCCAACCGUGUCCCAUCCGGAUUGUGGAGGAUUGCGGAUGCGCCUUCAUGAUGGGCACAAUUGGAGGUUCGCUGUUCGAGUUCAUCAAGGGUUUCCGGAAUGCUCCAAUCGGAUUGCAACGCGGUCUGUACGGCGGCUUCGAUUCGGUGAAGAUGCGGACUCCGUCCAUCGCAGGUAGUUUUGCCGUUUGGGGUGCCACCUUCAGUUCGGUGGACUGCGUCCUGGUCUCCUAUCGCCAGCGGGAGGAUCCCUGGAACUCGAUUUUCAGUGGAGCAGCUACUGGCGGAAUUUUGGCAGCACGAAAUGGCGUAAGGGCCAUGGUCAAUAGUGCUUUUGUGGGCUGUCUGGUUUUGGCCAUGAUCGAAGGAGCCGGUGCAGCUGUGGCCACCAUCAAUGCAGCCGACGGAGGUGGAAAGGUAACCAUCAGUGAGAAUUAUCCAAAGCAUGCCCAGUGGGAGGAUUCUCUAGUGCCUGUGAAUUCGGAAAAGUCAGAAGAGUCCCAUGAUUUUGCAAUUGCAGAAUUCGAAAGUAUAUUGGACAAAUGUCGCGCUUACAGGGAUCGUACUGUACUGCUGGAACUUCCUUCGAGUGCAAUAGUUGGUCAGAAAAGGAAACCCGUGGAGAAACCAUUACAUUCGCUGCUGGAUCUCAUCAAACUAGCCGAGAUUAUCUGACAUCGGCAAAGAGCUUUCAGUGUUUUAUUCUGUUCUUCGUUUUCGUGGUCUCUUGUCCAAAUUAUUUGCAUGUGUUCAUUUUCACUACUGAUUUGUUGAUUGAACGAAUAUAAUACAAGAAAGAAGAAAAUAGUGUCCCGUACAAAAAACUCUCGUCUAUAAAUUUCUAAAUAUAAUAGCAUAUUUUUGGGAAAA